ACCAGUAAAUAGGGUAAAGCACAGCACCUCGAGUGCGACGCUUCUUGGAUUUCGGGGUUAGAAGUUCGAGGCUAGUUUUCGCAGUUGUAGGUUGCAUAGUCGACAACAUACAUUAUGAUUACUGAAAAAUAUAACCAACUACCAGGAUAACAAAAUAUUCGUUAUAGCGAAUAUAAUAUAAUAUAUAGUGAUCAACGAAGUCAAACGUAAUUGUUACAAAAAUUAAUAUUCAAUUCGCGUUGAAAGAAUUCCUGAAAGAAAGACAGGAUCUCAAUCCUUUGAACGUCAAGUCUAGGCUGGGACAAAAUAUUAUACUCCGCUAGAUAUCAAAUUUGAAGUUGUUCAAUACUAAGUAAACAGCAGCAAUAUGGCGUUGCGAACUUACGGAGAUAAACCCAUAAGUUUCCAAGUUGAAGAAAAUGGAGAAUAUUAUUGCAUUGGUUCUGAGGUCGGAAAUUAUUUACGUCUAUUUCGAGGUUCUCUGUACAAAAGAUACCCUGGGAUGUUUAGAAGAUCUAUAACGAAUGAUGAGCGAAAGAAACUUGUCGAACUUGGUCUUAGUCAACAUGUUCUAGCAUCUAGUGUAUCUUUGCUAAGAGCCAGCGAAGUAGAGGAUAUCAUCGAAGGGAAUGAUGACAAAUACAAGGCUGUCUCUGUCCAUUCCACCGAACCUCCAGCACCUAGAGAAGGGAAAUCCAAGAAGUCUAUGUCUUGGGUUCCAAGUUUACCCAAUAGCUCUCAUCUCGAUGCCGUCCCACAGGCUACACCUAUAAAUCGCAAUCGAGUACAUAAUAAAAAAGUCAGGACUUUUCCACUAUGUUUCGACGAUACAGAUCCUUCAGCAAAUUUAGAAAACGCCGCUCAGCAAGAAAUGCUUGUACCAAUACGCUUGGAUAUGGAAAUAGAGGGUCAGAAACUCCGAGACACUUUCACAUGGAACAAAAAUGAGAGCCUCAUAACACCAGAACAAUUUGCCGAAGUUUUGUGUGAUGAUUUAGAUCUGAACCCUUUAACGUUUGUCCCUGCUAUUGCUCAAGCGAUUCGACAGCAAAUUGAAGCAUUCCCUCAAGAAACUAUCCUAGAAGAUCAAUGUGAUCAAAGAGUUAUCAUUAAGUUGAAUAUUCACGUUGGAAACACGUCGUUAGUGGAUCAAGUUGAAUGGGAUAUGUCGGAAAAAGAAAAUAACCCUGAAAAGUUUGCAAUGAAAUUGUGUGCUGAGUUGGGUCUUGGUGGAGAAUUUGUUACCGCCAUUGCAUACAGUGUACGAGGUCAGCUUUCAUGGCAUCAAAGAACAUAUGCAUUUUCGGAAGCCCCGUUACCGACAGUUGAGGUACCAUUCAGACCUCCAUCAGAAGCAGACCAAUGGGCCCCCUUCCUAGAAACCCUUACCGAUGCAGAGAUGGAAAAGAAAAUACGUGAUCAAGAUAGAAACACGCGACGUAUGCGGCGAUUGGCUAACACAACACCAGGAUGGUAAAUAAAGAUUUCAGAGGAUGAAAUAAAAAGGAUCUGCAUUCAAAUUUGAAAGUAUGACAAGUCAUGCAUGCUAACUUUGAUUCAGUAUUUCAAUUUCUUACGCCAACAAAAUUAAGUUAAUGACAUAUUAUCACUGAUAUAAUCGACUUCAUACACAAAUAUGCCCAAUAAAUUUCAUUUCUAUGUAAAAAAA